AUGAGUGACCUGGGUGUUUCUGGUACAAGAUUCAAGGACAAUGACCAUGAAAGCACUUGCCCACAUCAGUCUUCCACAGGGAUGGUGCAGCAAACCUAUAGCUAUAAUCACUUCCACGGGCUCUGUGGUGAUGACUUGGUUCCUGGUGCUGAUGCAGUAGAUGCUAUUGGUGAAUACAGGAAGAACUUGUGGACUCAAGGGGGUUGCUUGGGAGGAUCGGAGAGAGAAGAUACACAGUUUUUCACCUUUGAGCAGUACAAGAAAUUGCUGGGAUAUGUGUCACUGUCACCAGCGUUGACAUUUGCCAUUGCUGGAUUGGGAUCUGGACUAACAGAAGCCAUUGUAGUUAACCCUUUUGAGGUAGUAAAAGUUGGCUUGCAAGCAAAUCGGAACACAUUUGCAGAGCAACCAUCCACUAUGGGUUAUGCAAGACAAAUCAUUAAGAAGGAAGGCUGGGGACUCCAGGGCCUCAACAAAGGAUUAACUGCAACUUUGGGACGACAUGGAGUUUUCAACAUGGUUUAUUUUGGCUUCUACUACAAUGUCAAAAACAUAAUUCCUGUCAAUAAGGAUCCAACCUUGGAGUUUUUGAGAAAAUUUGGGAUUGGUCUUCUCUCGGGGACAAUAGCCUCAGUCAUUAACAUCCCUUUUGAUGUUGCCAAAAGUAGGAUUCAAGGGCCUCAACCAGUUCCUGGAGAGAUCAAGUACAGAACCUGUUUUAAAACAAUGGCAACAGUCUAUCAGGAAGAAGGGAUUUUAGCUUUGUACAAAGGCCUGCUUCCCAAGAUUAUGAGACUUGGACCAGGUGGUGCAGUGAUGCUGCUGGUUUAUGAAUACACCUAUUCAUGGCUUCAGGAGAACUGGUGAUUGCCUAGGAAGUGUUUUUCCCCCUUGAGAUAAUGGAUAUUUGCUAUGCAGCACCAUGAAGAAGAGAGACUAUCGACCAGCCAGGUGUAUAAUUAUGAAAGAAAACUGUUCAAGAACAAAAUCUAUUUUAAUACUUUAAAAAUAUCUAUAGACAACUUGAGAUGAUAGUUUUGGCUGUAUAAAUAAAACUGUGAGAAGAAAAAAUAAUAUGGAACAAUGAGGUAUUUAAAGUGAAUAUAGGAAAAUAGCAUAGAAAUCAUAUAUUUUGUAAAAGAAAUAUAAACUUUGUCUCCUAUGUUCCUCUUCAUUGCUUCACAAUGAAAAUUCACUGUAUUGAUCAGUAUUUUUUCCUAAGAGGUCUAGAAAUGCUUAAACUAUUGAAAAUAACUCAAAUCAUUCAAAGACUGGGUUAAAAAAAAGUUAAGCCAAAAUUUAAAGUUUUUAUAAUGAAUUAAAUUAUUCCAUAAAUAAUAUUUAAAGAGCACAAGAAAAAUGCUUUAAAGUGCACUAAAAUUACCUUUUAAGAAUGUUUAAUUUUAUGAAUACUACGUUAAAAUGUAAAUCUGUUGGUUUUCUGUAGUAUCUAUGCACAUAUCAGCUCUAUUUUCCUACAUCUACUUUAUAUCUCACAUUGCUGUAAGAUAAUAAACAGGUGUUUUAAAACAUUGUUUAGAACAGAAUGUUAAAACACUGUUGUUUAAGCAUGUAUUUUUAAAUCAUGAUAUCCCAAAUCUCUUCUAACAAGUAGAAAACAUGCAAUAAAAUGUACUUUGCUUCUCAUAGUUCUCUUUGAAGACAAGUUUUGAUGAUGAGAUAUUUUCACAUUAAAUCACAAAUUGGAAGCACCUUUGGACCCAUUAGUCAGCCAUCAAUAUUUACAUCCAAAUACCUUUGUUCAACAUGCCUACCUGUGCCAUUUUUAGGAAGAAUGUAUAGAAUAGAACUGCAUUUUCAGGUUAUUAGUUUUAAACGACAACUUCAGAUGGGAAGUCGGCUGUCUGCAGUAUUAAAAUAUGUAUGAUGAAGGAGAAAUGUUCCAAAAAAGAAAUACACUUAUCAUUUCUAAGGAUUACUAUACUAACAUGUACCACCAAAAAUAUCUUCUUGGUCUUGAUGUAACCAAACUUGAUUUUAUAUCUGCAUCCAGAAAUGAUGCUGAUUCAGUAAAGUCAACAAGA